GGGGAUCCUUCCACUUCCCAAUACGAUAUAAUUUUCUUUACAUCUGGCACAACCAUUUCACUUCCAAACAGAGAAAUAUAUUAUACUCAUGCUAUAAAAAAACACCCUUAGCAUUUUUCUGUCUCCAAUUAAAAAAUGGGGAGAGGAAAAGUGCAACUGAAGAGGAUUGAGAAUAAAAUAAAUCGGCAAGUGACGUUCUCUAAGAGGCGAUCUGGGUUGCUUAAGAAAGCUCAGGAGAUCUCUGUGCUUUGUGAUGCUGAAGUUGGGUUGAUUGUUUUUUCAACUAAAGGCAAACUCUUUGAGUAUUCCACUGAUUCUUGCAUGGAAAGGAUUCUUGAAAGGUAUGAAAGGUACUCAUAUGCUGAGAGGCAGCAUAAUCCUACUGAUCAGGAAACCCCGGGGAGCUGGACUCUGGAAUAUGCUAAGCUUAAGGCCAGACUUGAAGUUUUGCAAAGAAACCAAAGGCAUUAUGUGGGAGAAGACUUGGAGUCGUUAAGUAUGAAGGAGCUUCAGAAUCUGGAGCACCAGCUUGAUUCGGCUCUGAAGCACAUCCGAUCAAGAAAGAACCAAUUGAUGCAUGAAUCCAUUUCUGAGCUGCAAAAGAAGGACAAGGCAUUGCAAGAGCAAAACAACAAUCUCUCAAAGCAGGUGAAGGAAAGGGAGAAAGAGAUAGCCCAGCAGAGUCAGUGGGAGCAACAGAGCCAUGAUCAUCUCAACUCAUCUUCAUUCGUUUUUUCACACCCCUUGAACAACCUUCACCUAGGGGAAGCAUACCCGGAUGCAGGAAACCAUGGAGAAGUUGAAGGAUCAUCGCGGCACCAACCACAAAACACUUCUGUCAUGCCGCCAUGGAUGCUUCGCCAUCUCAACGGCUAAAACUAAUUACUAAGUAUAAGCAAGCAGACAACAUUAUGCUAUGUUUUGUUAUCUACUACUAGUUAAAUCGAAUAUGUACAUACAUAUUACGUGUCAGGCAAACACAACUUUUAUAUCUAAUUAAUCGUGAAUAUAUAUGGCUGCUGUAUAACAAUAUGCAUGCAAAAUAUAAUGUAGUAGUACUACUGUAUAAUCCUCACCUUGGAUAUUUAGUCUUUAACUUUUUACUGCUAGCUACUUGUAUUUAUUGCUUAUAUUUGUUCCAUGCAUUACCGAGACGAGAAUGUGAUAGCAGGUCAAUUAGAUUCUUACGUAUAUAUUGAAUAGUACUGAUUAUUUGAUUUC